AUGAAGGCCGUCAUCGCGGCCGCGAUGGGGUUUGCAACCUCCAGCUGGUACAACAGCGUUUCUAGCUCAUCCAACUGCGCCACGCCGAGCAGCCCAUUCUCGCAAUCUGAGUUUCGCUCCUUUCCGUUGAUGGAUGUCUAUGACGAGUCCCAUAACACGAAGGUGUUCCGCUUUGCGUUGCCGGAGGCCGAUAUGCCACUGAACCUGGAGGUAGCUAGCUGUGUUAGCUUCCGCUUUUUCGACAAAGAUGGGAAGGAGGUUAUUCGCCCCUACACACCGCUUAACCGCAGUGAUCAGCUUGGCUACUUCGAUGUUAUGGUGAAGAAGUACCAGGGCUCAAAGAUGGGCACUCAUUUGUUCUCAAUGAAGAAGGGUGACACCAUCGACGUCAAGGGACCGUGGAUGAAAUUGCCGAUCAAGGCAAAUCAAUACAAAACGAUUGGCAUGAUUGCCGGUGGUACGGGUAUCACGCCGAUGUACCAGGUAGCGCGCCAUGUGUUUCACACACCGAAGAACAACACAGAAAUCACGCUCAUCUACGCAAAUGAACGCAAGGAAGACGUGCUGCUUGGGAACGAGCUGAACGAGCUAAUGGAGGCGUACCCACGCUUUUCGCCGUACUUUGUGCUAUCGAAGGCACCAUCUGACUGGAUGGGCGGCGUCGGCUAUGUCAACAAGGAGAUGAUCAAGUCACUGAUGCCUGCGCCGAACCGUGCGGGUGAUUCUAUCAUUCUUGUCUGUGGACCGCCGCCAUUUAUGGAAGCUAUUUCGGGUGAUAAAGACUUCAAGAGCAACCCACCAUCCCAGGGUGAGCUGAAGGGCUACCUGAAGGAACUUGGCUACAUGCCGAAGAUGGUGUACAAGUUUUAG